AUGAAUGUCGACAGAGAGAAAGAGACAACCACAACUGAAGACGAAGAUAUUUGGGGACAAAUCCUAAGAGAAUCUUCAAAUAAAACAAACUAUUUCGAAACAAAGAAUGUUAUUAUGUUGGGUGAUCCAAAUGCAGGAUCAACAUCAUUACUAUCAAAGUUUCAACCGAUAUCAGAUGUCGAGAAACUACGUGGAAUCGCAUUGAGUUAUACAUUUGUCGAUGUCUACGAGGACGAUAGCAGUGAAGAACCGAUUGGACGUACAAACUUCUGGACGUUGGAGGGUGAAACAUCACACAACGACCUAUUAAAGUUUGCACUCACCGCCAACAACAUUGCACAAUCGAUGAUUGUCAUUGCAUUAGAUUUCUCACAACCAUGGAAUAUCGUUGAUUCAUUAAAAAAAUGGUUAGCUAUUUUAGAAACACAUAUCAAAUCUAUUACACCACAGAAUGAGAAGAGAGAGUCGUUGAAAGACAAAGUACUGAUCAAGUGGCAUCAGUACGUCGAACCAGCACAACCAAAUUCAUCAUCGAUAUUGAGUGCAUCACAAAAGAAAAAGAGAAAGCAAGUGGUAACACCUAUCGAAGAUACAUCUGUACUUCCACCACUCAGUGAGAACAUCCUCAUCAGUAACUUGGGUUUACCUAUCUUGGUUGUUUGUUGCAAGAGUGACUCUGUUGUAAUGUUAGAAAAAGAUUUCGAUUAUAAAGAUGAAUUGUUUGAUUACAUUCAACAAUAUCUAAGAAGAAUUUGUUUACAAUAUGGAGCAGGAUUGAUUUAUACUUCAGCAAGAAAGGAUAUCAAUUGUGAUGUUGCAUUGGAAUAUAUUGAAAAUCAGUUGUUUGGAUUCGAGUUGAAAUCGAGAACACAAUUGCUAGAGAAAGAUCAAAUCUUUAUUCCAUCGGGUUGGGACUCGCUGGCAAAGAUCACAAUGGAUUUCGAGAACCAGAAAGUUUGUAAAGAUGCCGAAGAACUCUAUGAGAAUGUUAGAGAACAGAAUCAAUCUGCUACAAUCAUUGCUGAUGACGAUCAAAUAAAGAAUAAUUUGGAUCAAGAAGUACCAGAGGCACCAAGUGGAAGUGGAGGUAGUGCUGCCGGCGGCGAUGUCAGUAAACAAGAGAAACCAAAGGUUGUGGAGACUGGUUCACCAAGUCCAUUGCGUUCGAGUACCGGUGCCACUGGAUCGAAUUCACCAUCGACUGCACCGUCGGCAGAGAAGGCUGUGUUGACCAGUUUCUUCACUAGCUUGAUCUCCAAGGACAGACCAAACAAAACCGGUACUUCCUCUAAAGACUUGAAGGCAUCACUGACAUCGCCAACAAACAGUUCCAUCAGACAGGAUGCUCAAAAACAAUUAGAGAAAAUGAAAAAUAUUUAA